AUGCCUAAGGUACGAGAGCCGGCAAUGUUGCAAAAAAUGGCACUGGACGCUAUGUUCGAAUACGUCGUUUUCUGCUGUGACCGAGCUAGCAUCGAAGGUUCCCUGGACGAGCUGAAUCAGGUCAUUUCGGCCAUCAAGAAGGACGUGAUCAGUCGCAUGCCGUGGUUCUCGGUGGCGGACUUCUUGGCCAAGUUCCUAGAGCAGUUCUACUCCGAUUCCAGGCCGGCGGCGCAUCUAAAAGUCGCCUUAGAAGUCGUCAUGGACACAGAGAUAGUGGGACUGCAAUGCAAAGGACCGAUCCUGGCCAACCUUGACCCCCAAGAUGGUCCGCGUCUACGGAGACUGGCGGAACUGGACCUCGACUACAUCUCACACUCGAUCCCCCUAAACCUGCACAACUUCCACCUGGACGAUCUGACGACUUUCGUGUUCGCCGAGAGAUGCACUGACCUUGACUUGAGCGUGGUUGGCCGGAACUGCACCAAACUGCAAGUGGUUAGAGUUCCGGACUCGUGGGUCACGGAUGAAGGGCUUUCCACCCUCAGCCAGUGCUCUGACCUUCGUUUCGUCGACGUUCGCAGGUGCUCGGUAACGUACAACGGCAUAAAUCGCAUGCUGUCCGUGCACAAGAAACUGGACAGAAUCACGGACGUUUCUGCAGAGACCUUGUCUCACUUGGACUCGUCAGUUUGCCCUUCAAUAAGCCACUUCGCUUUCAAAGAAGAAGAAUCUAUUUCGUCCGCACACCUUCGCAAGAUCGUCACUAAGUUUCCCAAUAUCACUUAUUUGUACUUGGAUGGCCAUAUUACGGAAGAGUUGUCCAUACUCAAGUCCCUCAACAAACUUAACGGACUUGACCUCUUGUUCCGAUCGAAUAUGUCUUUCUACGACGUCGAGGCGGCCUGGGCUGAUAUCAAGGAACUCUUGACGUUCAUUGGGGCGAAUAUGAUCACUUUAAAGCUCGUUUGUUGGAAUCAGGGAUUUUUAUGGAAGCAGCUAGAGCUCGAUUUCAUAUUCGAUUCAUGUCCGAAUUUAGAAUGCUUAAAGUUCGAUCACGGGGACGGGUGUGACACCAUUCCAUCUUUCCAGAAGUUGAAAGUACUGAUACCGCACAUCCCCAUUUACUUCUCGUCUAUUGAUAUUUUCGAAGAUCCGAUUAUAGAGUUCGAACCGUUACCAAACCUUGAGACUCUCUGGCUUCACAAUUAUAACGUCAGUUUUUCAGCAAUCGAAUCAAUAAUGUUGGAUCAUAUCAAGUUUCCCAAAUUGUCCCUCAUCGAAACUGUCUACAUGAAGGAAAAAGAUUUGGAAGAAAUUCGCCGGAUUGCCAGAAUGAAGAAUUUAGAAAUUGAGAUUAAAGAUGAUCCGGAUCCGAUCUCGUAUAUCGACCGGCACUUCAACAGAUCGCGCUCUCCGUCACCUUAG